GAUCUCAUUGCUGCAGGUUCAUUCGCAAACAUCGACCAAAACAGCGACGGCACUUUGGAGAAAAAUGAAGUCGAGCAUUACUUCAGGGUAAGUCGAGCAUUACUUCAGGGUAAGUUGAGAAUUACUUCAGGGUAAGUCGAGCAUUAUUUCAGGGUAAGUCGAGCAUUACUUCAGGGUAAGUCGAGCAUUACUUCAGGGUAAGUCGAGCAUUACUACAUGGUAACUCGAGCAUUACUUCAGGUUAAGUCGAGCAUUACUUCAGGGUAAGUUGAAAAUUACUUCAGAGUCAGUUAACAUUACUUAUGGGUAAGUUGAGGAUUACGUCAGGGCAUAAGAUAAUAGUUGAGAAGGAUGUUUGGUAGGCUUGAUAUACUUUGUUUUUUAGUUGCGGGGCACAAUAUUGUUUUAGUUAGCUGACCAUUAUAGUAAAUAGUCUGACCAUCACAUUUAGUAAGCUGAAUAUUAUCUCUAGUUAACUGAAGACUAUUUCAAAUUAAGCUGACCACUACAUUAGAGAGGUAAUCUUUACAUUUUUUGUAUGCCCACCAAUGUAUUUAGGAUGGUGUCUUAUUUAUUCAUUAAAAUAACACUUAUAUUGUCAAGUUUACCCAUAAUUAUGUAGUAAAUGUAGAUUGUUGACCGUUGCAUAGAAAGCUUACCCAUAAUUAUGUAAUAAAGGUAGAUUGUUGACCGUUGCAUAGAAAGCUUACCCAUAAUUAUGUAAUAAAGACAGAUUAUUGACGACCGUUGCAAUGAAAGCCUACCCAUAAUUAUGUAAUAAAGGUAGAUUGUUGACCGUUGCAUAGAAAGAGAUGACCCCCGCCCCCCCCCCCACUCUUCACUUAAGAUGACCAUGUCAAAUGACAAUUUCCUAACCGAUUUUGCGAUUCAUUACCCUGAUGCAUGCAUUGUAAUGUAAUAUUAGCGUCCAACAUGAGAACACAAAAAAUUUAAAAAGCAUCGACACCCUCUCCAAUACCUUCACCAACAGCAAACGUACGACACCAACAACGACAACAAGGUCACCAAGCAGGAGUACGUCGCCGUCCUCACCGCCGCCAGCACCGGGGACAACAACCUCGUCAAGGCCCUGUCCGACCUCUUCGAAGACCUCGACUACAACAACGACGGCGUCCUGGACAAGGACGACAACGACAAACUGUUCGACACCAUCGACGGUAACAAGAACGGACACGUCACACAGGUGGAGUUCACCACGUGA